AAUGUAGUGAAAUUUUUGUUAUAUAUUUGGUUUGUUUGUUUACUUUGGUUUGAUUGGUGUAUUUGGAAUCUUGGUGGUGGAAUUUGAGAAGAUGUUUACAGCACGCUAUGAAUUUUAAGGAUUUUAAAUGAUUUUUACUCUAGGAGACCCGGAUUCUUAUAUUCUUCCGAAUAUUAGAGAUAAAAAUGGCGAAAUUUUAGCGAACAAAAUAGUAAAUGUAAAAAUAAGUCAUUGUCACGCAUAUAUUUAUAUUUUAACCCAAAAAUGUCUGUUUGUGUACAGUAACGACAAUGAUUUUAUGUGUUUGGGAAGGUUUGUGCUGUCAGAACUGGGCAACUAUGAGUACUUUCGGGAUAUAAUCGUUCUGCCGACCCCUAAUCUUAUAGGACUUCUGGUUGAUAAUUUAAAGCAUUUGUUAAUUUUAAGCUCUACCAGUACCAAUGACACUCCUAUAAACUCUGAAGAUGAGCUGGAAAAUAGAAUUAAAAGUCCGCCAUGUUUGAAGUUUAUCUACGAUAUAGUAGUACCAAACGAUUUCAGUUUCUUCUACACAAUUAAGAACCAGUUCUAUUUUUGGCUCCACAACCAAUCUGGCUUCUACAGGACUAUAUAUAAAAAUGGAUUUUUGAACCACAUAGUUGAUAGUAUAUUACCAGAUAAUACCCCUCAAGUUAUUAAUCUGUACCUACUAACAACGAACGUUCUAAAUAUUAAUAUUAUCGGAAACGUUAAUUUUCUUUACAGCCUUUGCUAUAUACACCUAAAGCUGAAUGUAAUUGAUAAUAAUUUGAUAUAUAAAGGAACGAGGAAUAAAAUCUUUAGCCACACUUUGGACGGUAUGAUCACAAAGUGUGUUGAUAAUAUUAAUAACAUAUCUGAAGAAAAUGACUUCGAAGGACUGGAAGAUCAAAAAUAUAACCUUAAUGCAUCUGUAGAGACAAAAGCUGACUCAACUCCUAGUAAGAAUUUGAGGGAAAACGAUUCGCUUGAAAUCGAUGAAGUGAGAAACAUAUAUCACACAAAUGAUAACCAUUUGUAUAUUCUAACCACCAGUAACCUGUUACUGUGCCUAACAGUUAACGAAAAAGAUGAUGAGAAUUUGGUAGUGAAGGACACUGAUGAGGAUCAACUUCCUGAUAAACUUCCAGAUAAAGGAAUAGUAAUGGGUAAGAUAAUGUGUGAAAACGUUAAGGGAAUGUGUAUAAAUGAAAACCGUAUGAUAUUUUGUAUUCUCUUCAAAGAUAAUGAAAUUAACACACUGUACAAUGAUAGAAUAGUAUCAAGGCUUAAGUUUGAUAGUGAAAUUAAGUCGGUAAAAUGGUUAGACGAUUACUUGUUCAUAUUAACAAGCAGUUCAAUACACAUCUGCACCUAUUAUUUACACAUUUUAUAUCAAGUUAAUAUAAAUAACGGAGUGAGUGAACUCGUUUCAUCUGAAGAAUUUUUCAAGUCGGCCUCAGUAUUGGAACUUUCAAAUAAUAAUUCAUUCGAGAGUCAAUUUGGUAAUAUGAAAGUGUCAGAACCAAGUGAAGCAGAUGUAACUCCUAGAUUACAUAAUCCUGAUGGGCCUUCAUUUCCGGAUAAUGAAGUUAAGAGUACUGAGGUGGUUAAGGAUAUUGUGGUGAUUGAUAAUAAGAUACUGUUAUUCAGAGAUAAGGAGGUUUUGUUGUACGAUAUUAUGAAUUUGAGAAAUAAUGAUAAGUAUAACGUUUUCUACAAUAACCACAGCGUCUACUUGGCUGCAAACUAUCAACUCUCUCCGAUUUAUAAGAAGAGCACAAAGUCAAUAACGAGCAAGAGAAAUAAGAACUUCACAUAUAACAUAAAGCUAAACAAUAUAAACCACAUCAAUGAUAUUAAAAUUAACAGCAUUUGCAGUUACAUGCUGAUACGGUAUAACGGAAAUAAUGUCCUUUUGUACAGUAAUAACAGAACAAGCCUGGUAAAGAACGACGAUACAAGAGUAGUGAGUCUGAACUUCUUCACAAAUUACAUCUACUAUAUUGUCCUGGAAUCUGGAGAUGGGUACAAUAUCGUGUUUUAUAACAUUAACGGCAAGUUGAUUGAAAUUAAAUUCAAGACCGAGCCAGUUAAGAUACUCCACGACAAGCCAUACCUGUUCGUGAUACUUUUGAGCAAUAACGUCAUACAAACAUAUGACCUGUAUUAUAUAAAUUAUAAACUCGUAAAUACAAUUGAUAUUGAUAAGUUGACACCAACACUUAGAGAUUUCAUUGAGCUACCAACCGAAAGUGAACCUUUUGAUGAGAAUGAACCUAUGGACGAGAAUGAUUCUUUGGAUAAAAAUGAAGCCAUAAAUGAUAACGGAACUAUAAAUGAUAAGGAAAAUUUAGAUGAAAAUGAAAAUUUGGAUGGGCUGGAGCACUCUUAUAUAGAUAAAAAUUGGAUAGAUUUUCAUAAAUUAACACCAUAUGACCCGAAUAAGGAAAAGGAUGACGUUUAUAUCAUAAUGAACAUAUACAGAGAAGUGUAUAUAAUAAACAAUAAGUAUAUAAAGUAUCUAUUGGGGAAUGUUAACCAGAUUGUACACGUUAGCAACUAUCAAUACCUGCUCACAAUAACCAAUGACCCAAACACCAUGACAGUUACUGAAGAGGAAAGUGACUGUGAUAGUGGAAAUAUCACACCCUUUGCUAAUACCUCAAAUUUAAAAGUUGGUGGAACUACUAUUAAGAGCGUCAAUACAGGAACAGGGUACAUAGUUGAUAAAACUGGCAAACUAAGUGAAGUUGUUUUAAAUGACCCUAAUAACUACAUAUUGUCAAUUAGUGAUAAUAACCUGAUAAAUUUAAUGAAAGUUAACGACGGGAUAUACUUGUAUAACGACGUGUUGGUUUAUAACAUUAGCAACGUUGUAAAUUAUGAAAAGUUACUCCUGUUGCACUUGCUGAAUAAUAAACACCGAAGUGAAAUUUUAUCCACAAAUUUACUAUCCACAGCUACACUACCAUCUGACAACAAGUCCUUAGAACUAGUUUAUCCGCACUUUAAAAAACUCUAUUAUAAACUUUUCAGCGUUUUAUACCGCAAACUAGAUAACAUAGAAGAUAUUAAGGGACUAGAUGAGGUGGUGAAGAGGUUCAGUGAUGAGUGUAGCUUAGGACUCGUUAGUGACAAGGAUUUGAUAGUUGACGAAAUAUUCAACAAGUUACUGGAACUGAAAGAAUACAACUUUUGCAGUCUUCUACUACUGACACUUCAGCUGAAAACUAACCCGGUUCAUACCAGAAAAAAGUACUGCAACGUUUUAAUACAAAAGCUGGUUCAAGAGAUAACACAAGUCAUUCUUACAGGUUUUAACACCAAUAGGUUUAACCUUAACCUCCUAAACAGCAUCAUCACGUUUUAUAACCGCAUUUAUGAGGAUUCUAGUAAUGAAAAUGCGUUAAAUGAUUCUGAUAAAAAUGCUUCAAAUGAGUUGGAUAAAGAAGAACACGGUGAUGAAAAUGAUAAAAAUGAAUUUAGUGUUAGUGAAACUGACGUCAGGUCACUGUCAAUUGAGUGCGUCGAUAACGACAUUCUGGUUAAUAAACUGAUUAUGGUGAACGAGUCCAACUUAGAUUUCAAUGCGAAUGUACUAUUAUACAAUAUAAUUAAAUUAAACCACACACAAAUAAUUUAAUUUAUCAUUUUCAA